AUGAUAGCAUUACUUGAGCGCUACUAUGAUGCAACAUCUGGUUGCAUUCAUAUAGAUUCGGAACCAUUGAAAUCUCUGAACCCCCUUCUUUAUCGUCGACACAUCGCACUGGUGCAGCAGGAGCCAACCUUGUAUCAAGGAACAGUCCGAGAGAACGUCCAGCUCGGCUUCGAGCCCGGCGACCAUGGCGAAGAGGCACUCCCCGACGACGAGAUGGUCGAAGCGGCACUGCGGGCGGCGAACGCCUGGGACUUUGUCAUCUCCCUUCCAGAAGGCCUCAACACACCAUGCGGACCCAGUGGAUCCCAGCUCUCUGGUGGUCAGCGUCAGCGCCUCGCCAUAGCGCGGGCGCUGAUACGUGAUCCAAACGUCAUCCUGCUGGAUGAGGCGACCUCGGCCCUCGACACCGAGUCGGAAAAGGUGGUGCAGAUGGCACUGACCGAUGCAAGAUCUACGCGGAAUCGUAUUACUAUUGCAGUGGCGCAUCGUCUUAGUACGAUUAGGGAUGCGGACGUUAUUUGCGUAUUUUACGAUGGAAGAAUUGUUGAAAAGGGCACCCAUGACGAGCUCUUGAGUCUGGGGAAGAUGUACAAAGGUAUGUGUGAGGCACAGAGCUUGGAUAGAUAG